GCUCGCUCUCUGGAAGGUUUCCCAGGGAGUGAUAUUAGAGCCCGUGGAGGCUGCUCCGUGAUUUUCCGCGCCGGCUGCUGCAAUGAAAGGACCGACUGACGUGAAGCUCUACACCGGGGCUCAGAUGCCCAUCGUGGGCCUGGGUACAUGGAAGUCCGAGCCCGGAAAGGUGAAAGAUGCCGUGAAGAAGGCGAUUGACGUGGGAUACAGGCAUUUGGACUGCGCCUACGUGUAUCAGAAUGAGACCGAAGUGGGGCAGGGAAUCCAGGAGAAGAUCAAGGAGGGAGCGGUGAAGAGAGAGGACCUCUUUGUGGUUAGCAAGCUGUGGUCCACUUUUCACGAGAAGUCGAAAGUGAAGGGAGCCUGCCAAAAAACUCUCUCCGAUCUCAAGCUGGACUACCUGGAUCUCUACCUGGUCCACUGGCCAACUGGAUUUAAGGCUGGCGAUGCCCUCUUCCCCACCGAUGAAGAAGGCUUGGUGAUCCAGAGCGACACUCACUUCCUGGACACGUGGGAGGGCAUGGAGGAAUUGGUGGACGCCGGGCUCGUGAAAGCCAUCGGAGUCUCAAACUUUAACCAUGACCAGCUAGAACAGCUGCUGAACAAGCCAGGACUGAAACAUAAACCCGCCGUUCACCAGUUUGAAUGCCAUCCCUACUUGACACAGAAGAAGCUCAUUGAUUACUGCCAGUCCAAAGGCAUUGCAGUAACGGCAUACAGCCCCCUUGGGUCCCCGGACCGGCCAUGGGCCAAGCCGGAGGAUCCUUCUCUUCUAGAAGAGGCGAAAAUUAAAGAAAUUGCUGCAAAAUACAAUAAGACGUCUGCCCAGGUUCUGAUCCGUUUUCACAUCCAAAGGAAUGUCAUCGUAAUUCCAAAAUCUGUGACCCCGGCCCGUAUUGAGGAAAACUUCCAGGUGUUUGACUUUGAGCUUUCCCCAGAAGACAUGGAGGCCAUAUUCAGCUUCGAUCGCGCCUGGAGAGUGUGUGCGCUGUCUUCAGCGAAGAAGCACAAGGAUUAUCCGUUCAACGCAGAAUUUUAACCCAAAUCCAGGAAGGGGUCCUGGCUGCGGAAUUUCACCCAGUAGUUUUGUGCUUUCAUCUUGUUGAAUAGUUCAGUAUGCUUUUUUUUCUUUUCUUCUUCUAGAAAUGUUUAGUCCAUUUGGAGGUAGCUGGAGGUUUCAGCAUCUUUUAGUAAAUAAAACCCUAAUUCUAUGACUGUUAUAGGAUCCAUCAGCAUUAAAACCAGAGUGCUGUCAGUUCUAUAGGGGUGGUGGUAAAAAGCACUUUGUGCCCAUAUUAAGUGGGUAACGGUCCUCCCCACCUGUGCGCAUGCCUCCAGCAGUGCCUUAGCCAAAUUGGAUAUGUCCUGUAUUUGUUUUGUUACUUUGUUACACUCCUCUUCGAGAUCUGGUGCAGCUGUUACAAUAAGCAGCUCCAGACCUCAGCACUUCUUACUAAUACCGUAGAAAUGGGCUUUGGUUUCCCGACCGAAAUAAAGCUGCAUCUUAUCCGUUA